GGUAAUUUUCUGACAAAUUUUCCUAUUUUUACAUUCUGUAACAUUGUAUUUGCAAUUUAUUAUGCUCGCCAGGCUCGUCGGUCAAUUACAUGUCUCCUAGAAUUAUUUUUUCUGCCGCCUUAUGCUAAAUAAUACAGGUUUUUUUAUGCAAAGCCGAAUGGAUACGAAGUUCAACAAAAUGUCGGAGGUCGAGCUCGCCGAAGUUAUCCCGAGUUCUGACGAUUCGGCAUUCGUGACUCCGGAGGAUCAAGAAGAAGAUGACCAGCAACAAGCUGUUGCUCAACUUCAAGCGGCUGCUGCCACUGCUGCUGCAGCUGCUAAUCAAGUGCCGGUAUACGUCGCCACCGCAGACGGUUACCUUGUCACAGAACAGAUUGAUGAGUCCGGCCCGAGAACAACGCACAUUGUCAUUCAUGACCAGACACUUGAAGAAAGUCUCAAAACUCCCGUGACACCAAUAACCCCAUUGACACCUGCCACAGAAAAGGCAGAAGGGAAAUUUAAAUAUCAGUGGGAUGACUCUGUCAAUUUGCCUGUGUUGCCAGUCCGUUGCAAGAAUACAAAUGGAGAGAUGCAUAAAAUUAGAUUCGGUUCGGGAGGUAGAGGGCGCUGCAUUAAAAUGGGUGACAACUGGUACACACCAAGCGAAUUUGAAGCGGUGUCUGGAAGAGCGAGUAGUAAGGACUGGAAGCGAAGCAUUCGCUACGGAGGCAGGUCACUACAGUGUUUGAUCGAAGAAAACAUACUGCAGCCGCAUGCAACAUCUUGUACCUGUGCUGCAUGCUGUGAUGAUGAAACUGUGACUGGACCUGUGAGAUUGUUUACACCAUAUAAAAGAAGGAAAUAUUCAACAACAGUUUGUGAUGGCGUUACCCAGGUAUCGAAGAAAGAAGUGCACUCUUCGCUUGCUAAAGUGGAUGGACAGUCCCUGACCAAAGAUUCCGUGAUGGUGUUCACACCGACGUCGUCGAUACGAGGGACCCUAACAUCCGAGCCACAGACCAUCCACGUCGUCACCUCCAGCAACGGCAUUGUGGAAACCCACACGGGUUCAGAGGCAGGUACUAUGAUAAUGACACCCAUGCAGACAUCACCGGCCACACCCGUAUCGGCCCGGCACAAUGGCACCGUCGAAGACAUGGACGAGGAUAAGAUUUGGUGGCAGCUAGAAGAGGUUGCGACAAGCGUGAUACAGCAAGCCCAGCAGCUCAAACAUUUGAUCACACAGAGCCGGCAGCACUUCAUGAACGAGACAGAGGAGGCCAUGCACGAUCUCCGCAACCAGCUGGAGAACGAGAAGAAAGAGGCUCUGAAUACGGCGCGCAUAGAGGCACAGAUGAACCUGUCACGUGCUGUGAUGGAAGCUAGGGCUGAGAAGGAGAUUGCAGUACAACAGGCAUUGGCACGUGCACGUGCUGAAAACUCUGACAAGCUGGAAAGUCUUACGGAUGAUGAUUCCAGCCUGCAUCAUAAGUCUGAAAAUCUCAUGCCAAAGCAAUGCGCAAACUGCAACCGAGAUUCCUACCUGGAAUGCACUGGGUGUCGUCGCGUCAGUUACUGUUCCGCAUUCUGUCAACAGAAGGACUGGGUCUCACACCAGUCCGUCUGUCUCAUGGUCGAGGAUGAGGACUUGGAUUCUGACCGAGAAAAGGAGUAGCCGGCCAUGAUGGCUCCAACCUGCCUAGCAGGCCUCUGUGCUUUUACUCGGCCCUACGACAGUGCUAUACAAUGCACUGCGUCAAAUCCACACAGUCGUCUGUGGACAGCCUUACAACAUUCCGAUUUUGUUUUGCUGGAUUAUCCUCAACCAUCAACAAAUCACUUCAUCUAAAGUAAAGUAGAGUAUCUGACGUUUAUUUUGAGGGGCAAUCAGUGCAGAGCUAGGCUUGCCGCUCACGUUUUGAGGGCCUGUGCGACAUCAUGUAAAUAUACCUUACACAUACAGUUAGAGAGGCAAUGACGUGCCUCCCCCAUGUAAAUGUUGUAGUCAUUCGAUCUGAGAUGGGAGACAGAAUCAUCACAAAGUCAGCGAGCGCAACUUAAGGAUUUUUAUAUAUAAAUGUUUUGCAAGAUUUAGAAAUUGUGUUUGACACUGUGAAGUACAUUUUUUCUUGAUCCGAGCGACCACUGAGUUGUGCGCGGGGUAGUCGUGUAGAUGAAGAUGUAAAUACGUAGAUAUUGUAAUGCCUGCUCAACUUGUGGCAUAAUAAAAGACUUAAAUAAUCAG